GUGUAAACUGGAACCACGUGACGUAAAAACAUGGCGACCAUGUGAACACUUGCCGAAAGACAUUAUGUCGAUAAAGCUUAUGAAAUGCAACAAUAUAUGGAAUAACUGAGUGAUUUUGUAACAACCAAUUUUGAGAGGAUGAAGCUACGCGUGCAAUUACAGUGCAAGAACCUCCACGAAUACUUGAAAGAAUUGAGUCCUGACAUCUUGGAUAGACUGUACAACCACCCAGCCACUUGUUUAGCUGUCUACAGGGAGCUCCCCUCAUUGGCAAAGAAUUAUGUGAUGCGGAUGCUGUUCCUAGACCAGCCCCUCCCACAGGCGGCUGUGGCCUUAUGGGUGAAAAAAGACAGUCAAAAGGACCACGAUGAAUGUGUGUCUGUGUUGUCCGGGCUCCGAUUAUGGCACAGUCAGCAACUACAGGGAGGACUGCAAGGCAACAUACUGAACCCUAUAUUCAAAGACAAUCUAAGGAUAGCACUGCUGGGAGGAGGUAAAGCGUGGGCCGACGAGGGCUGCAGUCUGGGCCCUGACCGGCAUGCCCGUGACGUAGACAGUCUAGACCGUUAUGCCAUGGAGCGUUGGGAGGUCAUUCUGCACUUUAUGGUGGGCUCCCCCAGUGCAGCAGUCAGCCAAGACCUGGCUCAGCUGCUCAUACAAGCAGGCCUCAUGAGGAGUGACCCGGGUGAAGCCCCCUGUAUCACCUCUGCUGGAUUCCAGUUCCUCCUCUUAGACACAGCCUCUCAGCUUUGGUACUUCACCUUGCAGUAUCUCAACACAGCACAGACACGAGGGAUGGACCUGGUGGAGAUCUUGUCUUUCUUAUUCCAGCUAAGUUUCUCCACCCUUGGCAGGGACUACUCAGUAGAGGGCAUGAGUGAGUCUCUGCUCACCUUCCUGCAGCACCUGCGAGAGUUUGGCCUUGUCUUUCAGAGGAAGAGGACGUCUAGAAGGUACUACCCCACCAGACUGGCCAUCACUCUGUCUGCAGGUGUCACAACUAACUCCGCCUCCUCAACCUUAGGCGCCACCCCUGGGACUGGAGACACAAGCUUCAUUGUGGUGGAAACCAACUAUCGCCUCUAUGCCUACACAAACUCUGAACUGCAGAUUGCUCUGGUGGCUCUGUUCAGUGAGAUGCUGUACAGGUUCCCCAACGUGGUGGUGGCCCAGGUCACCAGGGAGUCGGUGCAGCAGGCCAUCGCCAACGGUAUCACUGCACAACAGAUUCUCCAUUUCCUAAGGACCAGAGCACAUCCUGUCAUGCUGAAACAGAACCCAGUACUGCCUCCCACCAUUACAGACCAAAUCAGACUAUGGGAGCUGGAGAGAGACCGCCUACAGUUCACAGAGGGAGUGCUAUAUAACCAGUUCCUCUCUCAGGCUGAUUUUGAAGUGCUGCGGGACAGAGCUCAGGGCCUGGGAGUUCUAGUAUGGCAGAACGUUCCCCAUAGGGUGAUGGUGGUGACGCCACAAGGACAUAGCGAGGUCCGGAGGUUUUGGAAACGGCAGAAGAAUCAAACCUGAGAACUUCAGAAUAGAGGGGAAAAUGGUGAUCCCAUGAAAGGACAAUACUCUUGAGUUACGAUGAUCUUAUCAACAGAGUUUAUGUGGAAUAGUUUUGGCAUGGCCUCCAUUUGGCAACAACUCAUUUAGUACAAGAAUAUUGGGGAAGAUAUUACGAAAAUAAUCUGCAUUAUGUUUCAGUGCUGUCCAUGAUCUUUGUUAUAUAUGCCAAUAAAACAAUUUGUUGUAUUAAA